AUGGCCGAACUAAGCCAAUACAGACGGAGAAGUGUGUCUACUCGGACAAUAGUAGCCACCGAGACCACAAACAUCGAGUAUGGCGAAGAUAGAGACACCGGUGAACUUGUGUCCGAUUCCGCGGGCUACGGGGAACCUCCGCCUCCAGCAGACCGGGGUAAAGACGCUUACCUUUUUCUAACUGCCUGUUUUAUACUUGAAGCGUUAGUCUGGGGGUUACCCUUCACUUACGGUGUCUUCCAAGACUACUAUAGUACUCACGAGCCAUUCAAAGGCUCUAGCAACAUUGCUACUGUCGGAACAUGCGCUCUGGGCGUUCUGUAUCUCGAUCUUCCUCUAAUAUUUGCAAUCUUGCAAGCCAAUCAAAACUAUCUUCGAGUUGCGUGCAGCUUUGGAGUAGUGCUCAUGGCCGUGUCUCUUGUCAUCAGCUCUUUUGCAACAAAUGUAGCCACGCUCAUUGGUGCUCAGGGCAUCCUAUACGGCCUUGGAGGUAGUAUAUCUUAUUCAACGUGUCUUCUCUUGAUAGAUGAAUGGUACGUCCAACGCAAGGGUUUCGCAUUCGGCAUUAUGCUAGCUGGUACGGGAUGCGGUGGUACCAUUAUUCCCGUCAUCACCCAGCAGCUUCUCAAUCGCUUUGGAUACCAGACCACUCUUCGAGCCUUUGCCGUGGCGAUUGUUAUCCUCGCAGGACCUUUCGUAUACUGUAUGCGGCCACGGCUACCUCCUACGAGUCGUUCGCUCAAAAAUCGAAUUAACAUCAAAUUCAUGACGACAUCUACAUUUAUGUUGCUCCAGCUUUGCAACACGAUCCAAGGUCUUGGGUUCUUCCUCCCGUCCAUUUACCUGCCUAGCUAUGCCGCAUCAAUCGGCGCAUCGCCCAGUGUAGGCUCUCUCUCAGUGCUCCUUUACAAUAUCGCAUCGACAAUUGGAUGCGUCCUCAUGGGGGCGAUCAUCGAUAAAUAUGAUGUCACAACAUGCAGCUUCCUGUCAACUGUUGGAUCUACCAUCGGGGUCUUCGUCAUUUGGGGGUUUUCAACCUCUCUGACGCCACUUUUUAUUUUUGCGGUUGAGUAUGGCAUCUUCGCGGGCAGCUGGGUUGCUACUUGGCCGGGCAUCGUUCGAGCUGUCACGCAGAAGACGAACUCAGCGGAUCCAAGUACGGUCCUAGCAUGGAUAGCUACUGGGAGAGGUCUCGGAAAUGUAAUAUCCGGUCCGCUCAGCGAGGCCCUUCUCCAAGGCUCGCCCUGGAAAGGACAAGCUCAAUACGGCUAUGGUAGCGGCUAUGGAACUGUCAUUGUCUUCACCGGGAUAACCGCGCUGCUGAGCGGAGCCAGUUUUGUGGGUCGACGAGUAGGAUGGAUCUAA